ACAUUUCUUUAUCCACCAUUAUCUCUCGACAUCGUAAUAUACAUUAAAUGUUUCCUUGCAUGCCGCGUUUUUCGGAACUGUUCUCGACACGUUGAUUUAUGUAUUUCUAGCGUUACCUUAUGCGGAUUUAAUUUAAUUUGCAGGUUAAAAUGGGACGCCGACCAGCAAGAUGCUAUCGGUAUUGUAAAAAUAAGCCGUACCCGAAAUCCAGAUUCUGUCGUGGUGUGCCCGACCCGAAGAUCCGUAUUUUCGAUCUUGGGAAGAAGAAAGCCUCUGUCGAGGACUUCCCGCUGUGCGUACAUCUGGUGUCGGACGAAUAUGAGCAGCUCAGCUCCGAGGCUUUGGAAGCCGGACGUAUUUGUGCUAACAAAUACAUGGUGAAGAAUGCCGGAAAAGAUCAGUUUCAUAUUCGUAUGAGGCUCCAUCCGUUCCACGUUAUUCGUAUCAACAAAAUGUUAUCGUGUGCUGGAGCUGAUAGGCUCCAGACUGGAAUGAGAGGUGCCUUUGGCAAGCCUCAGGGUACUGUGGCCAGGGUACACAUUGGCCAGCCUAUCAUGAGCGUGCGUUCCUCCGAUCGUCACAAGGCGGCCGUCAUCGAGGCUCUGCGACGUGCCAAGUUCAAGUUCCCAGGCCGCCAGAAGAUUUACGUGUCGAAGAAGUGGGGCUUCACGAAAUACGAUCGUAUCGAAUACGAGGAGCUGAAAGUGGCAGGCCGUCUUGCCCCCGAUGGUUGCAAUGUCAAGUAUCUGCCAGAGCAUGGACCGCUCGAGGAAUGGAAGAAGUUUAGGAAGGUACUUGCUGCAGCUUAAAUAAGCUUGGGAUAUUUUGGACAUUGAAUUGAAUAAAAUAUAUAAUCAGAAAAA